AUGCCGAGCCAAUCCGCCACAGCACCCACUCCAGAAAUACACGCACGCCUUGAAAUCCCCGCGUUCACCCCAGAGGACCCAAAAGUAUGGUUUCAACAGGUCGAGUGGUCACUUGAAGAUGUCGGGCUAACGGCCAGUUUAGCUGAAUUCCGUCAGGUGGCCAAAUCCCUCGACGGAAGGUACGCGAAGGAGGUCCGCGACCUGAUGAUUAACCCUCCGAGCCAAAAGCCGUACGAGACGCUGAAGGAGCAGCUUCUCCAACGCCUGGGGAAAUCACAGGCCCAAAAGACGCGACAACUGCUGGAGAGAGUGGAAAUUGGAGACCGGAAGCCUUCCCAGUUCCUGCGGUACCUCCAACAGCUCGCUGGGGAUAACGCCGCAGACGAGAUCGUCCGCGCCCGGUGGAUAGAGCGGAUCAACCCCCUCGCUCGCGCCAGCAUUGCCGCGCAAGCUGCCCAACCAAACGUCACCCUGGACGACCUGGCCAAGACCGCAGAUUGCGUAAUGAAAGCGCUAGGUACCGUCGCGCCGCAACAAGUAUCUGCGGUGUCACCUCGGGUGUCACAAAGCGAAUCACAGCUUUGUGAAGUGUUGGAGAGGUUGUCGGUGCGCCUCGACGAACAAAGUCGCGAGUUAAACGAUCUUCGUGCGGAAGUGCGCGGUCACUCGCGGAACCACGAUGGUCCUGCAUCGCGUACAACAGGGAAACGGCAAAGGCAGUCACUGAACGCGGCAGGCGACGGCUGCCCCAACACACGCCGCUUGUUUUUGAGGGACCGAAGCAGUGGAGUAAAUUUUUUGAUCGACACCGGCGCAGACUUGUGCGUGUUUCCGCGACGUCUAGUAAAAGGCCGACCGGUAAAAACAGGUUGA